AUGCGUCUGCGCGCCAGAUGCGAUGUCGACCCUGAGCCCGACGAUGCUCUUCUCCGAAAGUCACCAGAUGCGGAUGACGAUAUUCCCUCAUCGAUUUUAGAUAACGAUAUUCUCUCACAGAGUUCAGAUGAGGAUACUAUCUGCGUCGUUGUCGGUAAAGAAUCAAAUAAAAGGAAGUUCUUCAUGGACCCGUACCGCAUCUGUCAUUGCAGCAAGUUCUUCCGCAACGCCUUGAGGGGGGGGAUGGAAAACGGCACCAAGACAUCCUUCAAAGGUCAGCCGUGGUCUUUCCAGCCCAUGAGCGAGCUCUACGUCCUCGCUGAGAUGCUCAUGGACGACUCCACUAAGAAGGUUAUCCUGGCGGCCAUUCAGAAACGAUGCGAGAGCCCUCAAUUCGGCCACUCCCUCCCGGAGCCAUCUGCAGUGCGUACUAUCUACGACGGUACACCCGAGUCGAGUCCCGCGCGUCGUUUGAUGGUUGAUAUCUUCUCCCAACGUGCAAGUAAAGAGCGCAUUGAGCACUGGACGACGGAGAACUUGCCGAAAGACUUUCUCCUCGAUCUGUCGGUCAAUCUCAUCGCCCAACGUUCCCCUCUAGAUGACGAUAAUAGGGGACAAGAUGAGGGCAAGAAUGCUAAGAAGCGUGCAGCUGAAGAAUCUGACGACGAAUUAGCCCUCUAUCUUGACUCGCUAAAGUCGCUUCCAAAGGUGAAGAGGAAGAUCGUGAAGCUGAAGUUGCGUGCCGACGGCCAUGAUCGCCUCGCCUUUCCUGACAAGUACUCCGUGCUAGCCGAUGCAGACUCGGGAAAUACAAAGACAAAGGUCACUCUUGGUCCCCAACACGAUACCGCAUACAUCAGGGCUGAGCGCACAGCCGAAUGGCAGACAAACAUUAGCAACCUUCCAGGUGGUCCUGUUAAGCCGCAGAUAAUGACCGAUGACGGCAGGAGUUGGUUCGAAACCGAUUGA